CCCCCGCUUAGCCCAAGCCCCUGGGCUGCAGCCCCUAGAGCCCCUGCGCUAAUCCAGCCCUGGGCUGAGGGGACCGAGGCUGGCCGUGGAUGCAGCCUGGCCGUUUCAUUGCGAGGGCGUGUCGGAGGUUGCCCGCCCCGGGAAUGCCGCUGAGGGAGGCUCCUGCUGGGGCUGCCAGCAGGGCGGGCCGGGGAGCGGCUCCGGGGCUGAGGCAACUGGGCUGGCGCAGAGACUUGGAGGAGGCGGCUGCGCCGCCGAACUCGGAGCAGCCAGGUUUUUGCAAUUCCUAAGUAUUUGGCCUUUUCUGAGUAAGUAAUAUGGAGAUGGAGAAGAUGAACACAGAUAUGUCUGGUGAGGAGGAAGAGAAGGAGAACAAUGAAAGAAACUCUAGAGUUUGUACUAGCUGUGACAAGAUCCAUGAGUCCAUUUCCAAGUGGAUGCUUCCCGAAAAUGCCAGAGGAACCUACCUGGAAAGAGCAAACUGUAUCCCUCCUCCUCUCUUCAUCAUUUCCAUUAGUAUAGUUGAGCUGGCUGUAUUCAUUUAUUAUGCUGUUUGGAAGCCCCAGAAACAGUGGAUCACGCUGGAUACAGGUGUCUGGAACAGUCCCUUUAUUUAUAGGCCUGACAAGAGGGAAGAAGCUUGGAGAUUCAUUUCAUAUAUGCUAGUGCAUGCUGGCAUUCAACACAUUUUAGGAAAUCUCUUUCUGCAACUUAUUUUGGGGAUCCCCUUAGAAAUGGUUCAUAAAGGGCAUCGGGUUAGUCUGGUGUAUCUCGCAGGAGUGAUUGGAGGUUCCUUGGCUAGCUCAGUCUGUGAUCCCCUCCAGGCUCUCGUAGGGGCUUCAGGAGGAGUCUAUGCUCUCAUUGGAGGAUACUUUAUGAAUGUUUUAGUGAACUUCAGAGAAAUGAUUCCUUUGUUUGGAGUCUUCAGAUUGCUCCUCGCUGGGAUUAUAGUUGGAACUGAUAUGGGAUUUGCUCUGUACAGAAGAUUUAUUGCUCCUGUGAAUGGGCCUCAAAUUGAGCUCCUGCAGUCUAUCUGCUGAUCACUGUAAGGUAUGUUUUCUAAUCCUUAAUCAUUCUCGUGGCUCUUCUCUAAACCCUCUCCAAUUUUAUCAACAUCCUCAUCAAAUUGUGGACGCCAGAACUGGAUAAUAUUCCAGCAAUGGUUGCACCAGUGCCAAAUACAGAUGUAAAAUAACCUCUCUACUUCUACUUGAGAUUUCCCUGGAUCACAUCUUUUGGCCACAGCGUCACACUGGGAGCUCAUGUUUAGGUGAUUAUCCACC